GGCGAUGCUUCUUUCCCUCUCCCUCCGUAGCCUGGAUUUCUUCUUUUCCCUCAGCAAUACCAGGACCGGGCACGCUCAUUAGGCAUGUUAAUAUAUUCACCAUCCGUUCCCGCCCCCUUUCGCUUUACGGGAAACCGGUUUGCGACCUGUGGGAAAGCGUCGGUGCUUUCCGGCGAUUUGUCGCACAGAGCUGCGGUUUCGCGGCCGAAGCAGCCUGAACAGAGUAAAGUGGGCUGAGUGGGCUUAGAAUAAGGAGAAAUUGGCGAAGCUACAUGAGGAUGAGGAGAUGUUCAUAGAGAUUAACUUCUAGAGCGGCACGUAGGCGGAGCUUCCGGUUCAACUCGGAAGCCACCAUUUUGUUUGUCGUCAGCCAUGAUAUUCCGUGCAGACACCCUCUCUCUCUCUCUCUCUCUCUCUCCCUUGACUUCAGUGUAGUGGAAAGCAUGACUACUUGGCACCGGGCGUUAGAGUGACAGGGCAAAGGCCCUUGACGGUUUUGCGUCGGAAAUGCUUCUGAGGUUUCCCGACCGCGUGUUCUGUUUCCUAUCUCUAGGGUCUCCGCUCGAACUUCCGGUUUGACACGGAAAUCCGCCGCUGGCCGAGUUCCGAUUCCCUGGAGGCCUGGUGAGGCCGCUCUAGGCCGCGGCCUCUCUAUGGUGACAGCCCUCUGCCCACCACUUUCCUCUGGGACGCGGUUUAAGACCAGCUCAGACUGAGUAUUAGAGCUCAAAUACGCAGAGGUGCCACUACAAAGGCCUUCUGAGAAGGCUAAAUACGCCCGGGGAAAGCUUGCAUUCUCAGCAAGGGUUGCAAUAAAUGCAGGGAGGCUAGGAACCAGUUUGCUGGGAGGAGGGGUAAAAGUUUUUUUUUGUGGGGGGAGAAGAUUGAGGUCCUUCUCCAUCACCACCACCCAGAGCCAAUGGCGCAGCAUCCCUUGCUAGAUUCCCUACAGUGGACCAUCCCAGAGGGCCAGGGAUGCCUCCAGCGCCUCCCAUCAGAGCAGGUUCUCUCCCAAUUCUUGCAGCUUUUUGCAAGCAGGGGAGCCAGCAGUGAUGCCAAGGCAGGCAUGAUCAGAGACCUCCUGGCCAUCUUGGAGGCCGUGGACUGCCAGUGGCUCUUUGGGAGCUGCCACCCAAAUGCCGCCCCCACCCUGCUUCGUGACGUGGUGGUCGCGCUGAGCCUCUAUGCGGCGCCACCCCAGCAGCAGGAGCCAGAGGGAGGAGGGCUCCCCAGCGGCGACCCCUCCUAUGCCGCGGUAGCCAGCCGAGCAGCAGACGUCAGCCUAGGCUUCAUCAGCAUCGUGGCCAAAGUGGAAUCGGCUAAAGGCCUCGAGAGACUUGGUACUGCGGUGGUUGGUCCCAUCUUGCGCCAAGUGGCAGGGCCCUUGUAUCUUUUUGCCGUGACACACGUUGCAGAGAGGUUGUGGACCACACCAAAAACUCGGCGCAUGGCUCAAGAGCUGCUGGAUGGUCUCCUUCGGGCUUCAGACUGCCGGUCGGUACCUGAGUUCCUGAGAGGCGCACGGGAAGACGAAACAGGGUGGUUGGCGGUGGUGGUGCAGUGCCUGAAACCAGAGUUGACCAAGUAAGUGAACUGAAAGCCCAGUGAUGGUUGUCAGAGGCUAAUUGUAUUUGUGGGGCCUUUUAUAGGGACAAAACGGUUCAUAUGGACCACCCACCAAUGACAAUGUUGCAAGGCUUUCAGGAUUGUUUCGAAGUCCGAAAUUGAAUGUAACUUCUGUGAGGUAUUGUGGGUGUGGUGUUUUAGGCAGAAGGACGGCUGUGGCUUGUGAGAACUGUGGAAUGUUCUUCAGUUAUUUCAUCCCACUGGGGACUUGAAUAUGGGAAUUCUGUGGAAGGGCCAUAGGGUAGAGCAGCUGCUUUGCAUGCACAAGAUCCCAAGUUCAAUCCCUGACUUCUCCAGGUAGGGCUGGGAGAGAACCCUGCCUGAAAUUCUGGAGAGUUGCUGUCAGUCAGUGUUGCUAACAUCAGCAUAGACAAUAUUGAGCAGAAGGACCAAUGGUAUAAGGCAGCUAUGUUUCCUUGCAGCUAGUUCUCUAGCCUUGAUCAUCGCUUGCUGCAAGUGAAGAGUCUGGUGCUGCUCUUGCAAGGAACCUAGGAAGCAAGUGUAUACCAUCACUUGCUUGUGCCUAAACCUUUUAACAGGAGAUGCCAAAAAUUGAACCUGGGACCUUCUGCUUGCAAGGCUUUUCCUCAUUCCAUUCACCAUAAUAAGGGGCUGCUUCUCUGAAAACCAAGCCUGUUACCACUAAAGUCACUUUGUCGCGGCUGGUAUUGCAGGCUUCCCACUCUUGGCUUGAAUAAGGUGGGUAAAUUGCCUGCUUUUUGGCUGCCCCACUGUGGCUGACAUAUGGGGGGGCAUUUCUGAACUGCCUCCAGUUAUGAGAGAAAUAUUUAAAUGUGCCCAACAGAACUCUGGCUUGAAACAAGCAUCUUCCAAAGCCUUGGCCGCCACCCCCAAGUCCCUGUUACCUUCACCACCUUUUGAAUUAGUGCUAUGUGACUGAAAUUAGCACACAUCUGUGAAUUGGAGGCACCAUACCUCAGUGAGAGAGCACAGGCACUGCAUGCAGAAAUGCCGUAUUGAAUCCCAGGCUCCUUGUUAAAAGGGCUGUGUCACAGGUGACAGGGAAAGCCCCCUCUUGGCCUGAGAGGUCUAGUUAAGAGUAGAUAAUCCCUGGGCUAGCGGGGCAGAAAGACAGAUCUGGUAUAAGUUUAUGUUGUUAACACACCACCAGCAGUCCAUCUAUAAUUUGAUCCUAGGCUCCAUUUCACCUCCCAAGAUGUGCAAUGAUUCCCUUUUCCUCUGCUCCAGAGAUACAUGGCAGCGCAGCCCAGCAACAAAACAUGUCUUCUCCUGCACGCUCCAACACGUCACAAGGCCCUGGCUUGGCCCUCACUUGGAGAAAGUCCUGCCGCCCUCGCUGCUGCUGUCGGACGACUACCGAGAGGAAAAUAAAAUCUUGGGAGUGCAGUGCCUACACCAUAUCAUUCGGAAUGUGGUAAGGACAGACGUACAUAGGCAUUUGGGGGACCAUGAACUGGGUCAUCAGAGUCCUCUGGUCUCCAGCCAAAAGUUGGGGAUGGCUUUAUGACUUUGUCUGACUUCAGAGUAAGGAAUCAUCCUCAGAGCCAUAGGAGAGAGUGUUAGCAGGGGCUGAAUCCUCACACCCACCCACCUCCAUUUUACUAACUAUUUUGCCCACAACUGAAACAGCAUUCAUGAGAAUUGGUAGCCAUUAGAUCAUUGCUGUUGACAUAGGUACCCUGGGAUCAAAGACUGUUACUUGGCCUAGUGUCCAGUUGCAUCCUCACUACCUUUGUAGUUGGAGUUGUGAGGGAAGGAAAGGUGGAUUUGGGUGAUGCUGCUGUAUUAGGUUUUUAAUAAGAGCAGACACCAUUCAGACAUAAGAAGACACCUAGUGGAUCAUGCCAAAGGCUCAUCUAGUCCAUCAUUCUGUUCUCACAUGGAGGACCUGAGUGCAUCUUCUGGACAACCCGAGAAGCAGUGGCGUAGCGUGGGUUGUCAGCACCCAGGGCAAGGCAAGUAAUUUGCGCCCCCUAACCCGUGGAUUUGCGCCCCCUAACACGUGGAUUUGCGCCCCCUAACCCAAACCCCCAGAUGUUGCGCCCGGUGCGGCCGGCCCCCCCUGCGCCCCCCACGCUACGCCACUGCCGAGAAGUUUUCAAAUACAGCAUGGUUUUAUUUACUGUUGCUUAUUUCAAGCAUCUCAUUGUCUAAACUGCAGCGCCAUUAACUGUUAUUUUGUCAUUUGCUGUUGGGUGGGAUUUGUAAAGGUCCCAUCAAAGCUUGUGUCAUGCCACCGCCCCUGUUAACAGUAAGGGUGAACCUUGUCCCUUGUACAGAAUUCCUUUUGCAUAAUGCUGGUCAGAUGAUAACAAUCAUUUCCUUUCCUUGCAGCCAGCAGCUGACCUCUGCCAGUAUAACCGGGCGCAGGUUGUAUACCAUGCCCUUUUCAACCACCUUUAUAGCAAGGAAGCCCAGCUCCUGCAGGUAAUAUAAAGACUGGUGUUUCCUCUUUAACUCUACUGAAUUUAUUCAGGUGGUGGACUAAAUGCAAGAUUACAGAUCCUUUUACACUCUACAGUAGGGGGUGGCAACCUUUUUGAUCCUGAGAGUCACAUCCAGCAAUGGGUGGGCUAUUGCAGGGCGACACACCACUCAAUGUGGGUGGUGAUGGGCAGGGCCUAGGCUGACACACUCAUGCACACACACAUAUUCCUAUGUAGCUGUGCUUCCCCAGGUUCCUAAAGAGCUGUUUGGCAGGCUGGGGGAAGCAAAUUUUACAUUGGUAGCAUGGCAUGUGUGGAUGACUUUCUGAUUUGCUACCCUGUGCUUCCUUUAGCCCUUCCAAACAGCAAGGGGAGAUAUUAAGGGUUAAAGCCAAUGCAGCACUAAGUAACAGCCCACAUGUGCUCUAUAACAUCUGUUUCUCCCUGAUGCUUUCUAAGCAUUACGUUUUGAAGGGGCAGCAGUUUUCAGGUCGUAAGUGGAAUUUCUACUGGUUCAGAUCUGAACGUGCUUAAAAGAACCAGCCAUAGCAAUUUUCUCAUGUGCUGCUGGCUCAGUAGGGGCUGCUUAUUUGUUCUCUUCUGCUGCCUUGUUAACAAGCAGGCUGGGAAUAUGUAUCCUUGCUAAACCAAGACCUGUGUUUAGCAGCAUUUGGGGAAUGCACAACAGAAGCUGAGGUUCGAGUAGCAAAACAAGGUGCUGCCUGAUGGCAUGUCAAGCCAUUGGUCCGCCAAGCUCAGUGUGUGGGCUCUGCAGUGACCUGCAGUUCAACAUAAACAUCAAGGUUAGAAGCAACUGAUAGCCUUAUCCUCUAUGAAUUUGUCUAAUCUUUUUUUGAAACCCAUCACUGCCUCUUGUGGGAAGAAAUUUCGUAGUUUAAGCACUGUGUGAAGAAGUACUUUAGCUUGCCUGUCCUCAAUCUUCCAGAAUUCAGCUUCAGAUGUUACUUGCUUUUUCUCUAAACCCAUCCCGUUACUCUUCGCAGGUUGUGUUGCUGUGCUUGCUGGACUUGCUUCCCAUCCUGGAGAAGGCCCUGCAGCGGCUGCCCCACAACCCCCAGCUUGUCACACCUUCCGAUGAGGUGCUCCAGCUGGUCCUGACCCACAUGGAAUCGGAGCACCGGCUCCCCUUACGGAGGGUGUACGCCAGGAACCUGCCUGCCUUUGUGGAGAGGUGAGUGUUUUAAUGGCGAACCCUGUAAGCAGAUAAGCCUCCCUCUUUGUGCAGAGGUUUAUAAUCCUUGAUUUGUCUUUUGAGAGGCUCGGCAUUCAGAUAGCCCGUCAUCUGAAGAGGUUGCAGCGGGUGAUUGUGGGAUACCUGGAGGUCUCCGAUGGUCCCGACGAAACGGCUAGAUUGGCAACAUUAGAAACCUUGAAACACACCAUACAACAUGCCUGGCCCAGGUACUUUGAUAAGCCCUAAGCACUGGGCAGUAGCUGUGUACUUGUAGAGGUGCAUUUUUCUCUUCACUUGAUCUUGCUUUAAAAAAACCAACAAAAAAACCUGUCGCCACUGUUACGGUCAAGAAGCAUACUUCUCAGAGGUGGAUUGGCAGCAUGGAAACUAGUCCCACUGCUUUGGAGGUGCUGCUUCUGACCCCAGUGUGAAGCCGAAAACUUGAGUGUAAGCAGUAAACACUUCUGCCUGCCUAAAUACACAUAUCUAGCUAGUAGGAAAUGAGAACUUCUGGUUCCUGAACCUGCCGCAUGCUUUUGAAAUGGAUAUGGGGACCUAAUACCAGUGAGCCUUAGCUGAAAUUCAUCAGGCUGUUAUGGUGUUUGGACUGCCCUGGUUGUACAAGAGCUUUGACUCAACAGGCUCAGUUCAAGGCAAUCAGACGGGUUCACCUCUUGUCCAAGGUCACAAGGCAGGACUAGCAAACUUGCUAUUGCUUUCAACAGGAGUCUGGACCUUCUCUUCUGAGAGCAGGGUCAUCAUAAGGCUCCUGUACUUCCUCAUCCCAUUUUUCUUUCCCUUUCCCAAAUGCACUAGAUACAGUGGUUUAGAGGAGCAGAGUUCUGGCAGCAGUAUCUUUCCCCUUCCCCUGCAGCUCCGUCGCCUGUCAAAAGUCUGCUCCAGAAGGUUCCCAUUGUUCCCUACUCUGGGAGGAACCAUAGCUGGAUAACCUGUUUUGCAUGCAAAAGGACAUAGGUUCAAUCACUUGUUAAAAGGGACCAGGUGAUUGGAAAGAUCUGCUAAAGAGCCUGAAGAAUAUCCCUCCAGAUAUUGUUGGGACAGCCAGCGUGGCCAGUUGUCAGGGUUGAUGGAAGUUGGGGGUCCACAUCUUGCUCUGCUGAAAGGUUGUUACUUGUACCAGCUACACUGAAGUUGUAGUGCCACCUCCUCCUGGGAUGCAGCUGGCUCCAGAAGUAGCUUUCAAGUCAGGCUGACAUGAGUUUGCCAUCUCCUUGCUGUAGAAUGUCCUGCCGCCUCGCUGUCCUUCUCAAGGCUUUGCUGAGAAUGAUGUUGGAUGUGGCUACAGACAGGAGCUUAACACCAGAACCGGUGAAAGCAGAGUUACUCCAGAAAGCCACUGAGUGCCUUAUCUUACUGGAUCACGCUUCUCACGGACAGGUGAAGGUAAGCAAGACCAAGGGAGAGCCCAAGGUUCAGCAGGCCUGUGAUUUAGGGAAAAGCAGGCCCUCUGCUUCUUAACAAGAGACAACUGCGGAGUCUCUGGGUGUGUUGCAUAUGUCUGGCAGUCACCACUGAUCAGCAGCUGAUCAGCACGCAUGUGCCCAUAAGAAACAAAUUAAGUGCAGUCCUUUUUCUCAAAUGGACAUGCUAAUUAAUACUCUUGUCAUACUCCCAAUUGAUGAGUCCACUCUGCCUUGAUUUUAAUACUAAAAGUAGCUCCGUCAAGGAAGUACACCUUGCAGUGCGCAGACAACAGCCUCAGCACCUGGCUCAUAGGUGCUUUGCAUUCGGAACAUCCUAAAAUCACUCUCUGACAUCUCCAGGUAGGACUGGGAAAGCCGCCUGAAAUGUUGAAGAGCAACUGCCCACCUUCCUGGACAAUACACAGCAAUGGUCUGACUUAGAAUAAGGGAGAUUCUUGUGUCAGAAAUAGAGCAGAUAAGAGGCUGUUGCUGCCCACUUCUAACACGAUUAAAUUUGAUUUCUUCCCAUUCCUAAUAUUCAGGUCCUACUACAAGGAGUCCGACGCAGCUGUCAAGAUGAGACCCUCAAGGAAUGCCUAAGAAAAGUAGAGGAGGAGCCUGUAAAAAGUAUAAUCACUCCCUGAGCUCAAGUGGGGAGGCUUAUAUUCACUGUGUUCAGAGUUGGAAGGAAGAACAUUCCUAGCUUUUAAGACUCAUGCUAUACAUAAACUGUCUAAUGUUGGCGAAAGCAGGGCAUUAAGUAAAAAAAGGCAAUGACAGGUUUGUUCUGAUUCAUAUUUAUAUGCCACUUUUAUACCUCCCAAUCCACCCCCCCCCAAAAAAAAAUCCCUUCAAUGCAGCUCACAAAUUAAUAGACAUAUACAAAUAUUUAACAAUCUUAGUUGGGUAGCCUUAAAAAUAGAUGACGUUUUAAAUUGUCAAUAUGCAAAAAUAUACGCUGCGGCAUCUGGGAAUGGCAGCUCACUAGGUCUUCAAGCAGCUGGAACUUUUCCUGCGUGAUCUUGCAUCCCGGUGAGUCAGCCUUUGCGGAGAAACAUCCCACCAGCUAGUUCAUUCAGUCCAUUUUUCAGAUCUGCCCCCACACACAAAAACUGGGAGGAAUCACGUUGCUUUCGAUUUAGACAGCGGUUCUGUCUCCUGCUCAUACUCUAUUUCAACAUAAGCUCGUUUUUUCCUGACUGCUGGCCCCUUCAAGGGAGUUUUGCCUUUAGACUUGGGCCGCUGGCCUUUCUCUUCCUCCUCGCUGGAUGUAGCCGCCUCCUCCUCCUCCUCACUGCUCGUUGCCAGUUUAUCCAUAUCCUUGGCAGAGAAAACAGGCGCGUUAGCAAACUCCCUUAGCAAGUAUUUGGAGGUUAUCGGUUUUAAGAGAAAAUGCGAGUAAAACGGACCAGGGAGAAGAGUCGGUGGAAGAAGAUUGGAAGAAAUUUAAAGACUACUUACAGAAAUAUUGUAAAAUUAAUGAAUGUUAGAAUGAUGACGGAUUGAAGUUAAGCAGUUUCUAGCGGUAAUGGUAUAAAAAAAUAUGGAAAAAUUGGUUUUUAAUAUGUAAAAAUUUAAUGUUAUAAUUUAUCAAGAUUAAAGAUUAGGAUUAAAAAGGAGGGAAAGGAAUUGUUGGAUUAACAUACUGAAUUGGAAUACAAAAGAGGGAGGUAUGAGGAGGUCCGGGAAACAAGUAAAUGUAAAAGAAGUAAAGAAAAGAUGGAAUUGUUUUUAACUGUUUUUUCUUUUUUGUAUUUUGUAUUUUUCUUUUUUAUUGUUAAUUUUCUUACUAAUGUGAUUUUUCUUCUUUUGAAAUUUUAAUAAAUAUUAUUCC